UUCGACAAGCGGCCCUGGGUGCUGCUCGUCGCCGUCGAUGCGCCGUUGGGCCUGCGCUGGAAGCGCCACCAGCUGCGCCGCGCAGACGACGCCGCGACCCCGGACCUGGCCGCAUUCGUGGCCGCUGACGACACAGUGCUGUACGGCGCCACGUGCGUCUCCUUGCCGCCCUUGCCGCACCUGCCGCCUUCGCUCAGCCAGGCAGUGCAGCCGACUAGCGCGCUCAAGACGUCUGGACCGGCAACUUCGCUGCAGGCGCUCGUGGCUGCAGCAGGCCUGCGCGUGCUCAACGCCUUCGACACGCUUGACGAGCUGCACGCGCAUCUGGCCUCGCUCGACCUGCCCUCGCAUGCGCGCCUGCGGCCGAGCUGGGACACGUACUUUCUCUCGCUGUGCACGCUUGCGUCGCUGCGCAGCAACUGCAUGAAGCGCCGGGUCGGGGCAGUGCUGGUGCGCUCGAACCGCGUGCUCUCGACCGGGUACAACGGCACGCCUCGCGGCCUGCGUAACUGCAGCGAGGGCGGCUGCGCGCGCUGCAACGCCGGUGCAGAGGGCGGCACGAAGCUCGACGAGUGCCUGUGCUUGCACGCCGAGGAGAACGCGCUGCUCGAGUGCGGACGCGAGCGCGGCGGCGCGGAAGGCACAGUGCUCUACUGCAAUACCUGUCCGUGUCUGCGCUGCGCAGUCAAGAUCGUCCAGGUGGGCAUCCAAGAGGUGGUCUACGAGCUCAACUACGCCGUCGAUGGGCGCACGGCCGAGAUCUUCAGGGACGCCGGCGUCAAGCUGCGGCAAUGCACUCCAUGA